AGUGCAAAAAACUAUGCCUCCUAAAUUACAAAAUUCUUUUUUUGAUGGAGAUAAUGAAUCAGGAUUCAACGAUUUUGAAGAGUAUUCCAUUUCUUCAGCUCCAACUAUGUUUUUUCCAAUGCCAUUUAUUCCUAAUGAUGUUCCCAUAUUCUCAAUAGACUCUAUAGAUUCUACUACUAUGGUGCUAUCUGACUCAAAUGCUCUCGCUAUUAAUAUUCAGCCAAACCAUUUCCCUUAUUUCAUGAAUUAUAAUCAAAAUGGAAUUUACUCUUACGCAAAUGAAAUAUUACUCGAGAAUUCAAAUAUGAUUGAACAGUUUUCAACGCCAGCUUUAGGAAGUAGCAAUCGUGUAGCGUCAAAAUCAUCGACGGUUAAACAAAGUCUUAAAAUUCAACAAUCAGUUCCCGAAUCACAAUCCUCAUCAGCAAAUGCUUAUAGUUCAAAAUAUUCAACUAUUAAACCAAGAAAGUACAAAUGCGAUGUCUGUCAAAAAUUUUUCGUCCGACCAAGUCAAUUAAAAACUCAUAUGUACACUCAUACUGGUAUAAAACCGUUCAAAUGCACAUUCGAAGGAUGUGGCCGUUGUUUUUCUGUUGUUAGUAAUCUUCAUCGUCAUCAAAGAAUUCACAUGAAACCAUCUCUUCGGAAAAAAUAG